AACACGAGCUAGCGCCGGCGAUCCCAGGGACGCAGACUUGCGGGAAAUCUUGUACUAGUAGGGUGGCAGAUUGAUCAACACGUGGGACAUCACCUCUCUUUGCUGGUCGUCAACCUCACGCGGGGGAAAGGUCCAUCAAUAUGUACUUGCCUGCCCACGGCAAGCUGCGCGCGUUGCUGCUCGCCUCGGUGGUCAUCAGCUACUGUUGCGCCGAUGGCAGCUCGAAACGAAACCUUCGGCAGGAGACGGAAGCCGCCGCCCCCGCCCCGCGGAGCCGCGCGGCGCUGGAGGCCCUGAACGCCGUUAGGCAGCUAGCGGCCGUGGAAGUGGACACGGAGAAGGGGCAUUCUUCUGCCACGGGCGGAAGCCUGUUCGCGAUGGAAAAAGUCAGGACGUACGAAGGUGCCCGUCUGCCCGCUCCCGAGGCGAUGUUCCCGGCACCGCUCGACUCGGAGAAGUGCGAGCGCUGGGCGGUGCUGACGUCCAUUUUCGAGCCCACCGACACCGUGCGCCAGCUGGGUGCCGCGGAGGACUGGUGCGUCGUGGUCGUCGGCGACCAGAAUGGCCCUGCCGAGUACAACGUGGAGGGAGUAAUCUAUCUCACGCCUCAAGAUCAAGAGCAGCUACCCUACCGCAUCGUGCCUCUGCUUCCCUGGAACCACUUCGGUCGGAAGAACAUUGGGUACCUGUACGCCGUGCAUCACGGAGCUACGGUGAUCUACGACGUCGAUGACGACAACGCCCUCAUUCACCCGGAGGCCGGCGUCCCCCACGCCCUCUCCCCCGUCACCCCGGCCUCAACCACCAGCUUCGCCGUGGGGCCGGAAGCCUUCGUCCACAACCCUUACGGCUGCUUCGGGGGCCCCGGCAACGUGUGGCCGCGGGGCUUCCCCCUCGACUCGAUCAAUGACGCCGACUCGAACCGGUGUGACGAGGUGGCAGUCGACUCAGCCGGGGAGAGCGCGGCCCCCGAAGAAGGGUGGCGGCUGGGGGUGGUGCAGGCGCUGGCCAAUCACGACCCCGACGUGGACGCCGUGUACCGCCUCACGUACCCUCCGGGGGGCCUCCCGUUUGACUUCGAGGUUCCGGACCCGGUCCCCGAAGGGAUGAGCUCGCUCAAGAUCGUGCCCCCGGCGGCUUUCACGCCGUACAAUGCUCAGGCCACUCUCCACUUUCCGCCGGCCUUCUGGGGCAUGCUGCUCCCGGUGACGGUGCACGGGAGGGUCAGCGAUAUCUGGCGAAGCUACUUCACGCAGACGCUGCUGACGUCCACGGGGGCCGUGACAGCAUUCGCUCCGGCAUGGGUGGAGCAGAUACGGAAUCCCCACAACUAUCUGGCCGACUUCCAAGCCGAGCUGCCACUGUACGAACAGAGUGGCGCGCUCGUGGCGUUCCUCGACGGCCACCGCCGGCAGUCGGUCGCCGCAAGCGAAGCGGGCGUUGGCCUUCCGGAACGCAUCGACGCGCUCAUGGUGGAGAUGUACGAGUACGGGGUCCUUGAGCAGGCAGACGUGCAGCUGUCGCAGGCUUGGUUGGAAGAUCUUUACUCUGUGGGGUACAAUCCGAACAGCACCGGGUAAUUUACAUCACCCCCCGGAAGCUUGUCCCCCCCCCCCCCCCCUCGCCAACGCAUCCUUGAUUGUCGCAUGGGUAUCUUGGUACUCGAAAGUUGAGCUGCGGGCGGAUUGAAGGUUGAGCCUGAUAGGGGUCUUAGCAAGUCAAUUGAGUAGUUCUUUUAUGUGAGUGUCGAGUGGUGCACCGCACGUUGGCGGGGGUUGAUAUAAUUGUACAACAGUAUGGGUGACUCGUUUUCGUUGUUCCAGACGGUCGCCACUGGACUUCUCCUUGAAAUCGGUUUCGAGUUUUGUGUUAAGCAGCAAGGGGGGCCUGUAGCGCAAGUCCCAGGUAUAACAACACCUUUGGCUAUGUCAAUGUGCGGAGAUACCGGACGUCUAUUCGAGCUGAACGCGCAUUUGCAACAAGAGGAGUCAGCGU